GUGAAUCGAGAUGCAUCCAGAUUAAGUACCUUGAUCACAAAAAAGUUUGGAUCCAUUCGGUUGGUCAUUCCAGUGCGUUUCCUGAAGGCUUGUGAACUCCAGUGGCAAAAACUCUGUGUUCAACUUAUGAAUUGACGAGAUGUCCCAGAUCUGAAGCUUAGAUUGAUGGCUCGUGAGCGUUUUGUUGACAUCUUAAUUUGGUUUUGGGCAGAGUAAUAGAUGGGAUGCUUCCAUAGGAUCAGAAGUCAUCAAUCCGAUUUCUUGAAAGUAGUGACAGGGGUUGUUCUGCUUGUAGAAAUGUCUGUAACUUGGGUGCCAUCUUAGACGUUUGCAUUGGAGGAGGCACCUUUGAUCUCUUUAGUACCAAAUCCUUCUUUAUUGCGGAGCAUCUCGUGGGUGUGGUUCAUAUGGUGUACCUGCAUUCUCGAAUGAGUGACAUGAGUCCAGGUACGUGUGACAUGAAUGAGUGGGUCAGUGGGACUUCCACAGCUUGGAAGGAACGUGUUCCGCCGCCCUCCUUUGGGCUCAAAGCUGCCACCCGUGCCGCCGUCACGGGGUGUACCAUGGACUCGGAGGAGGACAAUGAGCCCAUUGAGUUUGUGAAGUCUCAGGAGGCACCGCUGCAGAGUUUGCUGCAGCCCAAGUUGCGACUGGAUGCGCAGCCUCGCUUGAAGCCUUCACAGCUCCAGGCCAACUAUGGCCGUGGUUAUUCCAUGCUGGUCAACAUGGGCUACACCGGCGGCGGCCCGACACCACUGUGCGGUGUUUUGCGCGUUGCUCGCGCGGGCCUCCAAGAGGAUGAGGCCAUGGUCGUGGACGCCAGUGCCAAGCGAGGCCUGAAGAGACGGCUCGAAAGGCUGCUAAAAGCUGAAGAAGACCUGGAAGACGAGGAGAUUGAGGAGGAGAACGAUGAGGAAGGCCUGGACAAUCUCUGUGCUUUGGGACAGGCAGUGGUGAGAGAGCUCUUUGCAUGCCGUGAUCGAAAACUUAGCGUUCCUGCACUGGCCAAGAAGCCCAAAGUGGUAAAGAUUCUGGAGCUUUGGGAGGUGGGGAACUCUGAGCGUUACCUCAAGCAGUUCGUCAAAGACGAGCUCCCCAUGUGCUUCCUGGCCCAAUCCACAGGAGCAGCCCUGAAGAAGAUCAACAACAAGACUGCGCGCUUUGCCCGUGCAUGCGAAGAGGCAUGGAUGGUGCAUUUGAAAGAGCCAAAGGCCAAAAGUGUCGGCAGCUGCACCACGGCUUCCCCGGGGUCUCCCAGCGGUGACAGCCUGUACCCUGAUGAUUGGGGCGUGCAGAUUGGCGAAGGUUGGUUGUCUCCAGCGCCUCUCUUCGGACCAUCGCCAGAUGUUUGACGACUGGUUUUCGCGGGCCCUGUCCCAGCGCGCUGCGUGCGCCAGGGCAGAUGGCCGCAAGAGGUAACGAACAUCCUAAAGGCGAACCAUGUCAGGCUUGGCUUGAAUCUAAGAAUCAUUAAGAAUCCCAUAGAAGCCAUCUCAGAUCUCAUGUAUAUAGUUAAUCCUCCUGCCAGAGCUCGCAGACUUUUAGAGCCAAAACGCGAGUGCAGAAGCGCUUUGUUUGGCUCAUCCUUUGCGAGAGCCCUCCUGUUGCAGAAUCUUUGCUUCAAUCCUUUCGCGCACUGCAGAGUGAGUGCAAUCACGCGCAGGUGCAAGUGGACAGCUGCCGACUUUGCAA